CGGAGGCCUCGAUCGGUUUAGUCGGUCUGCGCGGCCCCGCCUGACACGACCUGUCACUUCCAACCCCACCACACGUAAAAAAUGAGGGCAAUUAGUGUUAUUGUGGUGCUAGCGGGCGUGUUGAGCUGCAGGGCUGCUACUCCGGACCUCAGGUUCGGUUGGAACGAGGUGGACUACGUUUGGGACAGCCCUACGCAGAGAGAGAGCGCUAUCAAGAGCCGCCAUUUUCUACCCGAGCACAAUCUUCCUUUGGGUCUCGCUAGGUGGAAGAAUAAACUCUUCGUUACGGUUCCCAGAUGGAAGAGUGGAGUGGUAUCUUCUCUGAACUACGUAGAUAUAGAUGGGGCUAAAGACCAGCCACUGAAGCCUUAUCCCAGCUUGAAGGACAACUAUGUGGAGGAUACAGCAAAGGAGAUCCCCUCGAACAGUUCCAUCGUAUCCGUGUUCAGAGUUUUCGUGGACGCGUGCGACAGACUGUGGGUGAUGGACUCGGGCCUGGCUGAUAUAUUAGGAUCUCCAAACCAGAUAACCGGUCCGUCCAUUGUUAUUUUCGACUUGAACACCGACAAGCUGCUGCACCGAUACUACUUGAAAGUCACUGAUAUGAAAGAAGAUUCAUUCUUCGCCAACAUCAUAGUAGACGUAGAUAAUGCUACGUGCGACAACGCGUUCGCUUACAUCCCAGAUCUGGGAGGCUACGGCGUAGUCGUAUACAGCCUCAAGCAGGACGACUCUUGGCGGGUCUCCCACCACUACUUCCACUUCGAGCCCCUAGCUGGCUCCUUCAAUGUCUCCGGUAUCGAGUUCCACUGGACAGACGGCGUGUUCGGGCUAGCGCUGUCCGAGCCUCGCGAAAACGGAUACCGCACGAUGUUUUUCCACGCGUUCGCCAGUACAAAGGAGUUCUGCGUAUCGACAGAGCUGCUCCGCAAUUACACACACAUCGACAAGAACGAGGCCUUCCAUGACUUCAAGCUGUUGGGCGACCGUGGAGAGGGCACACAGGCUUCAGCCAGCUUCUAUGAUAUCAGCACAAAUGUACUUUUCUACACACAGGUGAACCGCGACGGCAUCGGGUGCUGGAACUCCAACAAGCCGUACACGCCGGAGAACAACCCCCUGCUUUUCAGCGACGCCGAGCUCUACGAGUUCCCUAACGACUUGAAAGUGGACGAUGAAGGCACGCUGUGGUUGCUGACGGACAAGCUGCCUCGCUUCGUGUACCGUUCCCUGGACUCCAAUGAGCUAAACUACAUGAUCUACAGCAUCAAAACCAAGGAUCUCAUAAAGGGAACACCCUGCGAAAACUAAUAAUGUAUACUGACUAGGUACUUAAACUAUAUUUAGAGCUGGAGAUUAUGUUUGAGAGAUUCAUGUAAGCACGGUAGUUUUAGAAGCUACCAUUUUGGAUUGAAAAUAACUACGGCCAAAA